AUGGCUUCUCAGGGAGUAAACGUUCUUCGAUGGGGCGCGUUGACCUUCGGUGUCUUCUACGGCUUCACUCACCAGAGCGCCAUUUUCGCGCGGGAAAAGAGCGCGGCUGCACACCACGAGUACGAGCGCAAGUCGAAGCUCAUUGACAACGCAAAGGCGGCCUACGCGGAGAAGACUUCACCGAAGAAGGGCGAUGGAGUCAUCCGGGACGCGGACCACCCCAACUUCGACCUCGAGAAGUACCUCGACCAGGUGGCCAAGGAGAACGCGUAA